AUGUCACCAUAUUUUUAUGUCAUUUUGCAGAUAAUGAAGAUAUCUGAGCUAAUCAUCUCCAUCACAGCUGUGUUGCUGAUUGCCCUUACGAUAGCUGACGGCUCUCCAGCUCCUAAAUGGCGUCCACAGGGUCGGUUUGGCAAACGAGUCAGCGAGCUAAAUGAUGAUCCUUUGUGGGUGCUGUUGUCAUUUUCUUUCUUUCCUUUUCUUUAUUUCUUUUUUCUUUUUCUUUCUUUCUUUCCUUUUUCUUUCUUUCUUUCUUUCUUUCUUUCUGAUUUCGUUUUUCUUUCUAUUUCGAUCUCUCUUUUUCGUUCUUUCUUUCUUUAUUCGUUUUUCUUUCUUCCUUUUUUCUUUCUUUUGUUUUCUUUCUUUCUUUUGUUUUCUUUCUUUCUUUUUUUUUUCUUUUUUGUUCUUUCUUUUUUCUUUCUUUCCUUUUUCUUUCCUUUUUUUCCUUCUAUUUUUCCGUUCUUUCUUUCUUUCUUUCUUUCUUUCUUCAACUCGGUUUCUUUCUUUCUUUCUUUCUUUCUUUCUUUCUUUCUUUCUUUCUUUCUUUCUUUCUUUCACGUCCUUCUCCUGCGUUUAAUCUUUUUCUUUCAUUCUUCACGAACGGGAUUUCUUUAUUAUCAACUUCUUUUUCUCUCCUCUGUUCUUCUUAUGUUUUUCGUUCUUUCUUUCUUUCUUUCUUUCGUUCUUUUUGUCUUUCUUUCUUUCUUUCGUUCUUUCUUUCUUUCUUUACUACUUUUAUUUCUUUCUUUACUCAUUUUAUUUCUUUCUUUACUCAUUUUAUUUCUUUCUUUCUUUCGUUAUUUCUUUCUUUCGUUCUUUCUUUCUUUCUUAACAAUCCUCAUGUGUUUUUCACCAGUUUAUUUUCUUCAGUCUGUCUCUUUUUAUAAGAUUCUUUCAUUCUUUUUUUUUCUGCAUAUGUUCUACGUGCUGAAAGUGAGAAAAGAGAAGAUUUAUUACCCUAUGGUGUGGCCAACAAACCCGUUCACUUCGAAAACCUCCUCUGCGUUCCAGUCGGAGUUAAGAACGCUUACAAGUGUACCAGGCCUGAAUCCUAACCUAAUCUGUCAGCACCCGCAAAACGAAAGCUAUCUUCUAUUUUCAUCUAUCUAUCUAUCUAUCUAUCUAUCUAUCUAUCUGUGUCUGUUAAUAUCUAUCUAUCUAUCUAUCUAUCUAUCUAUCUAUCUAUCUAUCUAUCUAUCUGUGUCUGUUAAUAUCUAUCUAUCUAUCUAUCUAUCUAUCUAUCUAUCUAUCUAUCUAUCUAUCCGUGUCUGUUAA